ACGUGACUGUCAGGGUGCCCUCGAUGCGGUUGUUUUCCAGCAAUCACUGCCAUCUCUAGUGAAAAAAAAAAAAAAAAGGAAUGAGAAAGAAAAAAAAUUUGAUAGGAAGUAGUUUUCACCACCACACUUUUAUCCAGUAAGGGAAAAAGUGCAAAUUGCAUAGCACGGUACCGGGGGAAUAAAAUUUUACGGAGUCGUUUGAAUUUAUUUGGGACAACUUUCUAGAAAAGGUGUAUUUAAGCUGUAUGCGAUCUGUUGAGGGCGGGUGCUUUUUGUCAGGAGUAAGAAAAGGGCAGAAAGUUGUUUUUUCUUUGUUUUUUGCUUUAGUUUUCUUACUGAAGGACAACACAACGUGAUGCAGUGUUUAUUGUUUAUGCACCUGGCAUGGCAUUUAGUUUCUCUAUUUGAUUUGGAAAGGUGGAAAUACAUCCCUUAAAGUAGUCUGAUUGUAUACUCUGCUUCUCUCCUGUAAACUUGGAGCCUAGGUGCUAAGAAAGAUUAAAAAGGUUCUUGCAACGCAGCCGAUGGCUGCAAGAAUUUCGUUCUUCAGAAGCAGAUGAAAUGAGGUGAAGUGCUCUGAAGUGCUGCGGGGAAGGUACAGCCAAUUACUGGGGUUUCAGAGGAAGACACGGUUAGGGGACAUUUUGAGGUGGGUAGGAUUUUGUUAGACUGAGGUGGGAGUGGGCAAAGGGCACGUCAAGAGUGAAGCCUCAGAAAACAGCAGGUAUUUAUGAUUUGGCUGGAGUGGAUGGUGUAGGUAGAGGAGUGGUGGCUAAAUAAGGUAGAUGGUGGAUGGGCUUGCUUUCCAGGUGGGGGGUGCUUAGACUUGAUGGGGGGGUAGGGAGCCCUCACCUGGCCGAGUGAUGACGCACCCGAGCCUGACUUUGUAGUUCCUUGGCACUUCCACUGGCCUAGGAAAGUUUCAAAGUUUAGAAAUAGUGAGAGUAGCAAGUUAACCAGUUUUUCACUACAGAAAUGAUUAUCAAGAAUGUUCGGAAGUUCAGCUAAUUUUGCUACUUUUUGAAUGAUCCAUUUGUAGAGAACUCCUUUCUUUCUAUCCUAAAUUCUCACUCGUAGUAACCUUUUGCUCAGUUAUUGUAAUUUCUGUAGUAAACAAAUGGGGAGGGGUUUCUAGCUUUUCACUUAACCGUGGUUGAAAAUUACAGGACCAGUGCUGUGGGUUACUUUUUGAAAAUGAGCAGUGAACCUGUAAGUAUCCCCAUGGUAAUUUUUAAAGAAGUCAGUUUUGAAAAGUAGGUUAGAAGAGCAAUUACUGAGAAGGCAGUAGCCUUCAUAUGGCCUUUUUGCAAUCCCUGUUCUUCCAUCUGGAGCUCUGACUGAUGAGAAUUAAAGGCCAUGGAUGAAGAUGGACUUGAAUUACAACCACAAGAGCCAAACUCAUUUUUUGAUGCAACAGGAGCUGAUGCUACACACAUGGAUGGUGAUCAAAUUGUUGUGGAAGUACAAGAAACUGUUUUUGUUUCAGAUGUUGUGGAUUCAGACAUAACUGUGCAUAACUUUGUUCCUGAUGACCCAGACUCAGUUGUAAUCCAGGAUGUUAUCGAGGACGUUGUUAUAGAAGAUGUUCAGUGCCCAGAUAUCAUGGAAGAGGCAGAUGUAUCUGAAACGGUCAUCAUUCCUGAGCAAGUGCUGGACUCAGAUGUAACCGAAGAAGUUUCUUUAGCACAUUGCACAGUCCCAGAUGAUGUUUUAGCUUCUGAUAUUACUUCGGCCUCAAUGGCUAUGCCAGAACAUGUCUUGACAAGUGAAUCCAUACAUGUGUCUGACGUUGGACACGUUGAACAUGUUGUUCAUGAUAGUGUAGUUGAAGCAGAAAUCGUCACUGAUCCUCUUACAGCUGAUGUAGUGUCAGAAGAAGUAUUGGUAGCAGAUUGUGCCUCUGAAGCAGUCAUAGAUGCCAAUGGGAUCCCUGUGGACCAACACGAUGAUGACAAAAGCAACUGUGAGGACUACCUAAUGAUUUCCUUGGAUGAUGCUGGCAAAAUAGAACACGACGGUUCCUCUGGAAUGACCAUGGAUGCAGAGUCGGAAAUCGAUCCUUGUAAAGUGGAUGGCACUUGCCCUGAAGUCAUCAAGGUGUACAUUUUUAAGGCUGACCCCGGAGAGGAUGACUUGGGUGGCACUGUGGACAUUGUGGAGAGUGAGCCUGAGAAUGAUCAUGGAGUUGAAUUACUUGAUCAGAAUAGCAGUAUUCGUGUGCCAAGGGAAAAAAUGGUUUAUAUGACUGUCAACGACUCUCAACAAGAAGAUGAAGAUUUAAAUGUCGCUGAAAUCGCUGAUGAAGUCUAUAUGGAAGUGAUUGUAGGAGAGGAAGAUGCUGCUGCAGCAGCGGCAGCAGCUGCUGCUCACGAACAGCAAAUCGAUGACAAUGAAAUCAAAACCUUCAUGCCAAUAGCAUGGGCAGCAGCUUACGGUAAUAAUUCUGAUGGAAUUGAAAACCGGAAUGGCACUGCAAGUGCCCUCUUGCACAUAGAUGAGUCUGCUGGGCUCGGCAGACUGGCUAAACAAAAACCAAAGAAAAGGAGAAGACCUGAUUCCAGGCAGUACCAAACAGCAAUAAUUAUUGGCCCUGAUGGACAUCCCUUGACUGUCUAUCCUUGCAUGAUUUGUGGGAAAAAGUUUAAGUCGAGAGGUUUUUUGAAAAGGCACAUGAAAAAUCAUCCUGAACACCUUACCAAGAAAAAGUACCGCUGUACUGACUGUGAUUACACUACCAACAAGAAGAUAAGUUUACACAACCACCUGGAGAGCCACAAGCUGACCAGCAAAGCAGAGAAGGCCAUCGAAUGCGAUGAGUGUGGGAAGCAUUUCUCUCACGCUGGGGCUUUGUUUACUCACAAAAUGGUGCAUAAGGAAAAAGGAGCCAACAAAAUGCACAAGUGUAAAUUCUGUGAAUAUGAGACAGCUGAACAAGGGUUAUUGAAUCGCCACCUUUUGGCGGUCCACAGCAAGAACUUUCCUCAUAUAUGCGUGGAGUGCGGUAAAGGUUUUCGUCACCCAUCAGAGCUCAAAAAGCACAUGCGAAUCCAUACUGGGGAGAAGCCGUACCAAUGCCAGUACUGCGAAUAUAGGUCUGCAGACUCUUCUAACUUGAAAACGCAUGUAAAAACUAAGCAUAGUAAAGAGAUGCCAUUCAAGUGUGACAUUUGUCUUCUGACUUUCUCAGAUACCAAAGAGGUGCAGCAACAUGCUCUUAUUCACCAAGAAAGCAAAACACACCAGUGUUUGCAUUGCGACCACAAGAGUUCGAACUCAAGCGAUUUGAAACGACACAUAAUUUCAGUUCACACGAAGGACUACCCUCAUAAGUGUGACAUGUGUGAGAAAGGCUUUCACAGGCCUUCAGAACUCAAGAAACAUGUGGCUGCCCACAAGGGUAAAAAAAUGCACCAGUGUAGACAUUGUGACUUUAAGAUUGCGGAUCCAUUUGUUCUAAGUCGCCACAUUCUCUCAGUUCACACGAAAGAUCUUCCAUUUAGGUGUAAGAGAUGUAGAAAGGGAUUUAGGCAACAGAAUGAGCUUAAAAAGCAUAUGAAGACACACAGUGGGAGGAAAGUGUAUCAGUGUGAAUACUGUGAGUAUAGCACUACAGAUGCCUCAGGCUUUAAACGGCACGUUAUUUCCAUUCAUACGAAAGACUAUCCUCACCGUUGUGAGUACUGCAAGAAAGGGUUCCGAAGACCUUCAGAAAAGAACCAGCACAUAAUGCGACAUCAUAAAGAAGUUGGCCUGCCCUAACAGUACUUCUAUAGACGUUCGUAGAGAUGUUGGCCUUGAAGCAGAAAAUUCAUUUUAAAGCCAAUCAGUCUCGUUCACAUACAAUACUGUAUAUUGAUUUAUGCUGUGUACAAAUAGAGUUAUUGCUUCUAGUUGACUUUUUUUUUUAACAUUUUGUUCAAUAGUGUGUUCUGAAUUCUAUUCAGUUUGUUUAAUAAAUGGGGAAAAGCAGCAACAAGCAAGUUGCUUUUAAUAAAGUAAUCCCUGAUUCUAUACUGAAUUUUUCUAUCUUAGAAGUUUUAUAUUUAUUUAAAUAUUUACCUUGCUUACCCUGAUGGUACUCUUCUAAGAUCAUUUAACUUAAGGUAACUUUAGAUUGGUAACUCUCAAAGUACUCAUGUUGACUCAUUUUUUUCCCCCGUAAAUUUCUCACAAUAAAAUUGUCAGAGACAUCUACUAACAUAAAUGGGAGAUUUUAUGGUCAGGUCUAAUUAUCCUAACAUGGAAGUCAUUUACUCGUUUAAUAUUUUCAGAUCACACAACAGUGAAAGUUUGCAUUUGAGCUUUUGUGUCCCUGGCAUCGCUGAGUAAAGAGCAGUGACUGGGUGCGUGUUUACUUUUUGUUUUGUUCAGCAGACAAAAUACACUUUUGGGGGGGGCUUUCUUCAAAGUAUUUACAUCUUUUGUCUGCAUAGCAAACUUUUAGAAAACUUUAUUGAAAAAUUUUGCUUGAUCUUGUAUUUUGAUUACUCUAUCUGUGCUGCUUUGUCUUGGAAUGGUUGUGUGCUACAAAUGAGACUUAACUGAGGACUGUAUCUGGAAUUUCCUAGAGGUAAUUUGUGGCUCAUAGGAUCUUUUGCAACUUUAUGUAUGUAAAUGUACCCUGAAUUAUGUAUAUGCACAUAUAUAUAACAUGUAUCUGUGUGUAUGGCUUAUUUUACAUAUUUAUACACACACCCCAAGUAGUAGUUGUUUAAAAUCUAUAAUGAAAAGUAUUAAAUUUACAAUAACAUGAAAGAUGCAGGGAUGCAUGAGAGAGCAUUUUGUAACUCAUGCUCUUCAGAGAGACUACUCAGGUGAAGAAUUAGAAGGAAAAUAAGGACACUAGUAUUUUUAAAGAGUAAAGGUAUUUUCUUUUAAAUAUCUUUGGUAACUGAAAAAUAGACGUUAAUAUGUUUCUAGAUAGAAUGUUUUCAUAUAACUUCAGCUCUAUGCCUUUAUAUUUUUCUGAAAAGCUAAUGAGUAUCCAGACCUAACUCCCUCAGUUCUCUCUGAGAAGCCCAUGAGGGGACUCUGUGUCACCAGGUGAGGGGGACUAAGGAAGCAAUGGCUCCGUGUACCAGAAAAUGGGUGCUAAUUAUGACUUACACUUGGCUAGUUCAGCCGGCUCUGUUACUUCUGAGUGACAGUUAGCAGACUCUUAAAAUCUUAACACUCAAGUUGGCUUUGAUUAGAAGAUAAAGGUGUGUUAUAAGUGCAUGAGGAAAAUCUGAGGCCUUAUUUGGAACAUCAUCAAGUCUUUCACAGGUUGGUUUUUCUUUGAAAAGGGGACAUUUUUAAACAAAUGGUUCUGAAUUAUGGUUGUAAAUUCAUAUAAUAGACUUGGUUAGUUAGGAUUUGGCUAUUUUAAGAUGAACCUUAGAGAACAGAAAACAGUUUUUGGGGUCCCUUAUAUUGGCUCUCAGCACAUGAGUAUCUGGCACAUCAUGGGAGAUUUAGGAAUUUUCUCCCUACUUGUUAGCUGCCUUGCCACUUCAUUAUGGUGCUCCAUCCUCUUCGUGCUAUGACAUGUUUACUUUCAUCUUUCUCUUUGCCAUUGGUAUUUGUAUGCAAGAGUUAUAGGGAUAGAAAUCUAAAUAUUUGGUGUUUGGCAAGCCUCUGAAAUGCUAGAUUGAUUUAGUCCAGUUGUAAAUCAAGUGCUUUAGGCUGGUAUGAACUCCAACCUGAAUGCCAGUUAAAGCCAAGGCAUAGGAACUCCUAUGUCCUCUUGGCCCCCAUCACGUGCUUUUUAUUUUCUUAAAGUUACUUACAAUUGUGUGAUUCAUUGACCUGCAGUGCUACUCUUGAAAGCUCUGUCUGUUUUUUUGUGAGAACCUUUAAAAUCUCCCUUAAUUUUUAUUUUUCCCAGAAAUAAUGUAAAACACGUAAGUGAAAGUGGAAAUUUAUUAAUUUUAAAGCAUCCUGUAAAAAUUAAUACAGAAAAUAUAAAUAAUUGGUCAUUUAACUAUAUUUUUUUAAAUAAACUGAAAGAUAAAGAACACAACAAUUUACACACUUUAUAUUUCUCUUACAUAGUCUGGAAUCAUACACAGUUCUUUUCUUUUUAAAGCACAAUAUUGAAACCUUUAAAAGGUAUUUAAGGGUUUGGUCAAGUGAAUAUGAUAAAAUGUAUUUGUCUGUAUAAAGAGAAAAUGAAAUUGUAGUCACUGUUAUGUACUGACAUUAGUUACAACCUAGUUUUAAUUCUUAAAACAAUUUUGAUUAGCAAAGCUAAAAAAAAAUGGAUGUUUCAGUUAAAUGUUUUAAAGAGGUACAGAUUUUUACAAGGACAUAAUAUAAGUUAUUGUUCUGUAGAAAUAUCCUAUUAAAUAUUGUAUGUCCCUCCCUCUGUACACUUUGUAAAAAAAGUAAAAUACAUAAAAAGAAAAUCAUAUAGGGAUGUGUGACAUUAUUGUAAUUGUGUACUUGAGAAUAACGUGCAAAAAUAAAAAUCAGAAUAUUUUCCUGUUAAUGAAUGUUUAGUCUAUUUGAUACCAGUACUAAGUUAAUGCUUUUUCUUAAGGAAAAAAAAAAUGUACAGUUUUUGUAAACCUAAUAAACAUCAAAAACAGUGGA